UAACUAUAUAACGAUAUUUCGAGUAAUGCUGAUUGUGAAAUUAUUCCAUUAUAUUAAAUUUUAUAGAAAUUAUAUAUAAUACAUUAUAGAAAUUAAAAUAUUAUUUAUAUAACUGAAAAAUAUUCGUUAUCAAUUUUAUUAUUCUUUUAUAAAAAUGGAAAUAAUCACAAAUAUAGUUUUAAAGAGGUUAUGUAAAUCACUCAGGUACUAAGUCUGUGUCUAUAUUAAACAUGGAGCAUAAUCAUAGUUAUAAUGAUCAUAAUAAAUGCUGCAGUAUAAGUACUAAUGUCAGUGUUCAUCAAUCUCUAAUGGAAAUGGAGUUUGAACGUGGUAUAUGGUAUGCUGCACAAUAUAAUGAUUUGGAUCGUGUAAAGACAUUAUUGAAGAAAGGUGUUUCUGCUAACAUAGAAGAUUCAGCUGGAUAUACAGCAUUACAUUAUGCAGCUAGAAACGGACAUUAUAAAAUUUGUAAUAUGUUAUUAGAAAAUGAUGCAGCCGUGAAUGCACAAACACGCUGUGGUCGUGCCACUGCUCUACAUAGAGCAGCUAUGCAAGGUCAUUGUAACAUUGUUGAACUUUUAUUAAAAUAUGAUGCAAAUCCUAAUUUAAAAGAUGCUGAUGAUUAUACUCCUUUACAUAAAGCACUUAUAGCACGCUCAACAUCAGUUUGUAAAUUAUUAAUACCAUGCACCAAUCUAUCAUUGUUAAAUAACAAUAUGCAAAGUAUAGAACAAUUGGUAAAUGAAAAAUUUCCUGACAUUUUACCAUUUUUAUUGACAUAUAUAAAUAAAGAAAAAAAUAAAUGAUAAAUAAAAAUAAUUUGAAAUUUCCAAUUUUUAUAUAUUAAAGAAUAAUAUGAGUGUUAUGAUAUAUGUAUUCAGUAAAACAAAUAAGAAAAAUGUAAUAUAAUUAUGAAAUUAUAUUGUAUUAUUUAUUGAAUUAUUUUAAGAAUAUUUGUCAAAAUAAAAUAAUUUUUGAUAAAUAGAUAUAAAAUGAAAUCUUCAUAUUCGAAAAUUUUAAUAAAUCUAUAAAAUGUGAUUUUAAAAAAAUAUUGAAUAUUAUAUUUUGUAUAACUUUUUUUUUAAUUUAUUAAUAAUUAAUUCAUAACUACAUAUAAAUACAUUUUUAAUAAAGUGAUCUAUUCACUUUCACUUAUAUUGAUAUUUGAAUAUUUUGAAUAUUCAAGAGGUAUAUUUUUAAUAUUUAAAAGUAAAAAAAAAUAUUUUGUUAAUAAAUUGUAAAUUUUUAAUGAAAUUAAUAAAAGUAAAAAUAAAGAUUU